GCAUCAACACCACCAUCGCCAACCUCACCAGCUCUACACUUUCUCAAGUUCGACACAUUGUGCCACGAUGUUCAAUAAAUCCAACCCAGUUAUCCCACCUGUUGCCUCUCUCGAGCGCCCGGAACCCUUAACAACUGUGCUGGCGAACGAUAAGGAGGAAUUCCGCGACGACUGUACGCCCUGUCGAGUAACUGGAGCUGCAGCAUUUGCUGGACUCGGUAUCUACAGUUACUAUUCUGGCCACGCACAGCUACUGGCCCAGAAGCAGGCAAUUGCAAAAAGUGGGAGCAUAUUCGGGUUAAAGAGCAGGCAGACUGGAAUUACCGGCAUCGCGAUUACUCUUGUCGGAAUGGGGCUUUGGAGAUUAGUCAACUAGACAACUUGGACAUGGCUAGGGACAAUACCAAUUCAAGGGAAUACAAGCCUUUGCGGGUAAAUGCUGGAAGUUAUUGAACUGGUCAGGAUGGGCCGAUGGACAAACUCAACUCAACCAGCCAGUUGGCUUAAGGUUUACCUACUCAGUAAUCAGAGCUGUUGCCGAACGGGAUUGCUCGACAGCCAAUCUUGCACUUUCUUCAAUAAAGGCGCGAAGACGGGGUUAGCGCAAGCUUUUGCGCUGUUGGAGAUGUCCGAGAUGAACGACACCUGGCAAAGGCUUCGAUGAGCAUCGCAAUGGAACUUGAAAGCUCGGGUUUAUUGGACGUAUAAAUACCUGGAUACGGCUGCUGCUUUCGAAGUCAUGGCGCAAGGGAGAGAGCUGGGGUGUGAAGAUAUGUGUAAUUGUAUAAUGAGAAACCGGCCUGGGGAGCUUGUAAAAUAUUUAGACGGACACCCGGAGUGUACAUGACAUGAAUCAUUUUGA